AUGCUAACAGUCAUACAUGCACAUGCACAUGCACAUGCACCCACCACAACAGCCCAUGGCCUCGCCGCCGCCGCCUCCGACCACCGUCUGCCGGAGCCCUUCCCGACGAGGCUGGCCGACCCCGACACCGAGCACUCGCCUGCUCAACGAAGAAGCUCCCCCGGCCCCCGCUACAGCGCUCACCUCCUCGACCUCGUCGCAGCCGGCGGCGGCGGAGGAGGAGAGCCUCAAGGUGUACCUCCGCAUCCACCCCUCCCUGCACCGGAGAUGGAGCGCGGCGGCAGGCCUGCCGCCGGCUGCGCCAAGGCCAAGGAGCAGCAGCCGCCACGGGUCUGCCUCGUCGCCACCGGCCCCGGCUCCGUCGCUCUCACCGUCCCGCAGGCCAGGCUCGUCGACCACCGGCGCGGCCGCACCGCCACCGAAGUCUUGGACGGCUUCUCCGCCGUCCUGCCGCCCGGUUCCUCGCAGAAUGAUACCUUUACUCAAGUGAUGAACCCUCUAGUAGACGAGUUCUUGGGAGGAAAGAGUGGCCUUCUGGUUGCCAUGGGUCCGACGGGGUCCGGCAAGACGCAUACCGUCUUUGGUACUGCGAGAAAUCCCGGCUUAGUACCGCAGACGCUACACAAGAUCUUCUCUGCGGCGGAUGAAUCCCAAGCUCCAUGCCAUACUUGCAGACCAUUUUACUUGUCAAUGUUUGAGAUUCUCUCUGAAGGAAAAGGAGAACGGAUUCUUGAUCUUUUGUCCGAUGCAGCGGAACUUGUCCUCCAGCAGUCAGGAACAAUUAAAGGCCUUAAAGAGGUGGCCAUUUCAAAUGUCAUGGAUGCUCAGAGUUUAGUUUCACGUGGUAUGCUUAAGCGCAGCACAGCUGCAACCGAUGCUAACAGCGAGUCAAGCCGAUCACAGUGCAUCAUCACUAUACGUGCUGUUCAUAAAAAUAGUGACCUACAAAAUGAGGACCCGAUUAGUGGAUCUGUUCUGACCAUUGCAGACCUUGCUGGGCCAGAGCGAAAAAAGAAUACUGGAAAUAAGGGUUCAAGGUUGUUAGAGAGUAACUUUAUCAACAACACAUCCAUGGUUUUUGGUCUGUGUCUGAGGGCUUUGUUAGAUCAUCAGAAAAAUCAGAAGAAAACCUUGGAGAAACAUUUCAAGAGCUCAAUGUUGACAAAGUACUUGAAAGACUACCUGGAAGGAAGGAAAAAAAUGACUCUGAUUUUGAACAUGAAACCAGGAGAAGACGAUUACGCUGAUACAGCAUAUUUGCUCAGACAAGCAUCUCCUUACAUGAAAAUAAGGUACACGAGCCUUGAUGAGUCUUCUGACUUGGUUUCCCGAAAGAGGACCAAUGUUUCCCUGAUUUGCCAAGAUAACAACAAGAAGAGGAAGGUUAACAAAUCUGAAGUUCCUACGUUCUACAUGUGUACAGAUAAGUUUCUCAAUUCAGAGAUGCAAAGAGUGUCCCGAAAUGAACAAACCAUGAAGAAGGUUUUCAAGGCUUCAAGGACUGUUUCAAAACAAAAGCUUUUGGAAUCUGAGAGUGCUGCUAAGAGCAUGCAAGAAUUGCUCAGAGACAAAGACAUCCAGAUUAUGGAGCUGAAAAAGGAGUUGGAUGACCUGAAGUCUCGUUGUUCGCAUGACAAGUUUCCAAUUGCCGAAGAUACCCCUGUUGUGCAAAAUAAUACUGCAUCCCUUGGUCACGCUGCUCUAAGCUCGGUUUCUCAAUCUAAUCAAGCUGAUCUUGGAUCCAGUGACGCUGCAUUAGACAAUUUCCAUGUUAUGUACAGAGCCACGGCUUGGAUCCGUACAUGGUCGUUACUGACUCAUACAGACUCCAGGGAGCUUAUGACUAUUGGGUGCAACCGGUGGGAGACGCAAGAAAAUGUUGGCCUGAAAGAAAGAUUGAAAAAAACUGAAGAAAGGUUGGAAAAA